UAAACAUAUUUGCAUAACAAAAAUAACUAAUCUGUCAUUUUUUGUGCUAGCUAAACUCCCCUAAUAAAAUUUAUUGUUUUAUUGAAUUUGUUAGUUUACUUCGAAAAUUAAUUAAACAAUAUAAAUAUAAAUUGUUUUAAAUGGCACCACAACCUGUUGUAACUGGGCUAUCACCUAAAGAAGGUCCCCCAGGAACCCGAGUUAUAAUACGCGGCGAAUUCCUUGGAACUAAAUCAAAUGAUCUUAUCGGUCUUACAAUUUGUGGAUCCGACUGCCUUUUAUCAGCGGAAUGGAAAAGUUCCAACAAAAUCAUUGCACGUACUGGACCUGCCAAAGGAAAAGGUGAUAUCAUAGUUACCACCCUAAGCGGUGGUAUUGGUACAUCUACAGUGCAAUUUAGAGCCUAUCAUGAAACCAUUGGACCACUGAAAGAAUCAGCAGUUUGGAUAGAAGAAUCACCAACUCAAACACUCUCAUGGGGAAGACGAACUUUAACCCAAACUGGUUAUACUCAAGAGGAUCCAUUAGGUCUUUCAAUUGAGGGAAACGAACAAAAAAUUCCAGAAGACUUGAGGGAAUUGUUUCCCGAGAGUAGUGGUGAUUUAUCGCAAGAAAAUUUCUCCCCAUCAUGGUUUUUAUUGGAAAACCAUUUGGCUACAUCUUUUGAGGAUUUAAAGGCUGGACUGUCUUAUCUCAAACGCAAAGUUGAAAGCCAAAAGGAAGGGCAAUUGUCGUUUUUGAAAUCAAACGCUGGUUCUGUUAUAGAUCAGCUUGAUACUCUUAUGAAUAUUAGAGACAAGUUUCAGGAAGAUGUUAGAGUGGAUGGUGUUAAUCCAUUAAGUCUUCUUCAUACAUCAAUUGAAAAUUCCAUAUCCGAGUCUAACAACAUUUUUAAUGAAGUGUUGUUAAGGAAGGAAAAAGCUGAUUCUACUAGAGCUGUUCUUUUGGCUCUUUCAAGGCACAAAUUUUUGUUCUCGUUGCCAAACUCUGUAGAUCGAAGAGCUGCUGCUGGAGACUAUGAUAUUCUUGUUAGCGAUUACUCUAGAGCUAAAAAUUUAUUUGGAAAAACAGAAGUACCAAUUUUCCGUAGAGUUCUAGAUGAAGUGGAUCAGCGGGUUUUAAAAAUUAGGAAAGAGCUGCACGAAAAAGUUAUAAAAAUGCCACAAAGUGUUGAGCAGCAAAAAAAAUGUAUUAAAGCUCUCACUAACUUGGAGCUGCAACAAAGUGGAAGCAUGGGUAACAAUAACAAGCUAAAAGAAUCGGACCCAGCUUGGGAUGCAAUCGAUGCUCGUGCGAAAUACUUGGAAACAACUUUCAAAUUAACUUUUGAACAGUAUUCAUCUAAGGAGGGUGGACAAGAAAAAUCCAAAAAUCGCGAUAGCAACCAACCACCCAAUAGAGUUGUGUUCUGUGAGGAAAUAUGUGAUAUUGCUGCAUCUCAGUUGCCUGAUCUAUGGCGACUUGGACAGCUGUAUUUCACAGGGGAAUUGCGUGGUCAAAACGACCCAAAACCAGGAGACUUUAAACGUAUGAUUUUAACGGCUAUAGAAAAGUUUUGCACCUAUCUACGUGUAGCUAUCCUAAUAGCAUCUGAUUUGCGUUCACUACGUCAAACAACAGGUGUAUCUUGGCCAAUCGGAUCGUCGUCCGCAACACAUCAAUUUCUUCCUUGGAUUCAACAAUGUUUGCGAUUCAUUCGAAUAACAUAUGCCACACUAAUUCGAUUAGAUUUGCCUAACAAUGCUCUAGACAUAAUUCAGAAGCUGAUAAAUGACGUUAGAUUGUUUUGCUUUUCGAUUAUAUUCAAGCGAUCCAAUGAAAAAGUCAAAAAGCUUGGUUUAAAAGAAAAUUGGAUAACUGGAGUUGAUGAAUUUCCUGGUGCAACGCUGUUGCCAUCUAUGUUAGAAGAAAUAAUAGUUGAAACUUUAGAAGAGGGUCAAAAUACUUGUAUGAAUCCUGAAAUUAGAGAGGGAAAUCUUUUAGAACCGCAAUCAGAUGGACAGCGAGAGGUUUCUCAGCGAUUACAGGAAAUGCUUUCUACAUUCUGUGGGGUGAUUGAGGAAUUAGCAUUCCAAAGUCAUGAUGAUGAAGUUAACACAUCGACAAUAUCUCAACUACUUGGAUUUCCGAAUUCGCAACAAAGUGGCCCAGACAGCAAAAUGUGGGGAUCGGUUGUUUCAUGGGAACAACGAAUGCUAUGUUGUUUGGCAAACUGUGCCUAUUGCAACAAAUCUUUCUUCCCUCACAUAGGUACUGUGUUUGUAAAAUAUGGUUAUCCACUUCCCAACUUGGCCAUAGAAACUUCACGCUAUUCUAUAAAUCAACUAUUUACAAAUUUGCUAGAAGCCUAUGUAGAACAUAAAGGUGACCCUUUAGUGGGAACAAUCGAACCUUCAAUGUAUCUAGGUCGAUUUCAGUGGGAUAAUCAGGUGGAAAUUGGAAAAUUGCGCCCAUAUGCACAUGAAUGUUGUGACAAUUUAGUAGGCGUUUAUUCAGAGGUAUUUACGAUAUGUCCAUCGCUUUUGCGUUCGAUAUUGGAGCCACUUAUUCAAACCGUUGCUGAAGAGCUAGCACGUCUUAUGAGCUGCGUUCAAAAAUUUAGUUACACAGGAAUAAUUCAAGCAAAUGUUGAUAUAAAACUAAUGCGAGAUGUUCUCAAGUUUUAUAGCAACGAAACAGCAAAAUCGUUUUUUGUGGAAGCUCUUGAUGCAAUAAACCCACAGAUGAAUGCAGAACAAAGUAAACAAGUUGAUGCGAUUCUACAAGAUGUGAAACAACGAAUGAAACUUCAUUUUACUUGUUUUUCAGUAGUAAAUCCAUAGAACUAUAGAAAUUAAACAUAUUAAAAUGGAUAAGCUGCAAAAAACUGUCAUAUAUAUAUUAAACGCAAAAAAUUUAGUUUAUUCAAUCACAAAUUACAUUUUUGAAUAGUUACCUAAAUGUUGGUAAUAUGUAUAUACAUUUUAUAAAAAAAACUUAAACUACAGUUUAAAAUCAAAAGAAAAAUCAUUUCCAGAUUUUUGGAAUUUAUGAAAA